AUGUAUACUAAGCUCAAUCGAAUUGGCCAAGGAACUUAUGGUGUUGUUUAUAAGGCACAAAACACCCAAAACAAGGAGAUUGUAGCUAUCAAACGCAUUAAGUUCGAAAGCCAAGAAGAAGGCAUUCCUUCAACAGCCAUUCGCGAAAUUGCGCUUUUGAAAGAGCUCAAGCAUCCAAAUAUCGUUCAAUUAUACGAUGUCGUUCAUUCGCAGCAUACUCUAACGCUUAUUUUCGAGUAUUGCGAUUGGGAUUUACGCCGAUACAUGCAAUCCAAAAAUAACAUGUUAUCUCAAGAAGAAAUAAUAUCAUUUUCAUACCAGUUAUUACGUGCUCUUGAAUUUAUUCAUUCCAAAUAUAUAAUUCACAGAGAUGUUAAACCUCAAAAUAUUUUAUUAAAUAGAAAAGGCGAGCUCAAAUUAGCAGAUUUUGGAUUAGCUAGAUCGACAUUCAUUCCUGUUGACUCUCUUUCUACAGAAGUCAUAACGCGAUGGUAUCGUCCUCCUGAGAUUCUCCUUGGAAAUCAGAAUUACGGAUUCCCUGUAGACGUUUGGAGUGCUGGAUGUGUCAUUGUAGAGAUGAUUACUGGCCAGCCAUUGUUCCAAUGCGCUUCUAAUGAGGAAUUGAUGGAAAAAGUUACAGUAUUGUUUGGUUCUGAAGCAGUUGAAAGAGCUUUUCCGGAAAUAAAGAAGCAAUCUGAUGUAUUACAACCUGUUGGCCUUCAAAAUAUUAUUCCGAAUACAAAUCCAGAGCUUUUACAGCUAGUACUCGCUCUUCUUGAAGUAGAUCCUUCAAAAAGAAUAUCGGCAGCUGAUUCUUUGAAACUUCCUAUUUUUAAAAACAUUCAAAAUCAAUAA